AUGUGCGACAGACGGAAAGCCAACAUCUGGACGGCUAGGUUUAUGCCUGUGAUGUUGACCGGAAUGGCCGGUUAUACGACUUACGUUUUUGUCGUUCGUCUCUGCAUAAAAUAUCUUUUAAAUCCUCCACCGAUAGAUACCAUACUUCCUAAUACCACAAAUAUCCCUAUUAUUGUCGAGAAAACAAAUACCCUUGCGCCGCGAACCGCAACAGCGAUCGGUUUAAUAGUCAGCUACCUAAUAUUCUUAAUCUUCAUGGGUUCGGCUUACUUCCGACUUGUCUUCACGGUCCUUACGAAUCCCGGCUUCACCCCUCUCGGUCCUAGCGCAUAUGGCACAAGUGGCGAAGGAAAGGAGGCGUGGACGGCUCCUGUGUCCUCAGGUAGUACAAACGAGAAGGGCGCCCCUCCUAGCGCUAAUUCCAAUAGCAGACUCACUGGGUCGCCUCAGGCCGCUCCAGUAACAAAUGGUAGCGUUACACUGAAUACAGGCUUCCAAGCUCUUUCAUCCCGCCCUGCGGGCCAACAGCCAACGUCACUCCGACAACCCCUCACUCAAGUGUUCCUCAGAGACAUUUUUCUGUGCGAUUCGAAUGGCGAAGUCAGAUGGUGCGGAAGAUGUGGGAACUACAAGCCUGACAGGACUCAUCAUUGUUCAGAGGUUGGGCGGUGUGUCGAGAACUUCGAUCACUUUUGUCCAUGGGUCGGGGGCGUCGUCGGGUUGACAUCCUAUAAGUUCUUUUUUCAAUUUGUUGGUUACGGAACUUUGUACUGCGUGUAUACUCUUAUUUGUAUGGCGAUAUUCUUUCAAGAGAAGGUCAGUCGAUAUGGAUUUCAACAAAAUGAUGGUCAUUGGGUUGCAAUUAUCGCAAUGGGAGGCUUCUUUGGCCUAUUCAUUCUCGGGAUGUUUAUAACUAAUAUGCAGAUGAUAUACUGGGGAAGCACUACCAUCGAAAACUUCGAUAGAAAGACUAAGCGAUAUUAUGUUGCAAGACUUGAUCCCAAUCAGGACCUAGAACCUGGAAGAAGAACAACCACAUUAAACCCUAGAACAACAACUCGGGCGCCUCAGCAAAGGCCAUUUUGGCAAAAGGAUGACGGAACAAGAGAUGAAGAUUCCGGUUUUCACCGACGGCUACUAUUACCUUUGUCUACACCGAGGCGAAUGGCAUCUCCGAUUCGGUCACCUACCUCCCCGACUUCGCCUGUAACCUCGCCCGUUCUCGCUCCAUCAUCGCCUAAUCUUCAGCCAAAAGUCGAAUCAGAGCAACCAUUCGCAACACCUAGAAGAUAUUACAAAAUAUAUCUCACACCGCCGGGGCUCCACCCGUGGCGAAUUGGAUUCAAGCGCAACUUUAAACAAGUUAUGGGCCCAAGGGUAUGGGACUGGCUUUUGCCAAUGUAUAGACCUUACCAGCGUCCCAGAUCAAGCGACAGUGAUGGAGAGCUAGCCGAGGGUAUUUGGAGUGCGAAUGAGUUGUCAAAGCAGUUGUCUGCAGAAGGGUGGGCUUCUGCAAGCCAAGGCGCGGCCAUGGCUAGAGAUGGAGGUAUCAGCCGAUGGUACGAGUUUUCUGAAGACUUCCUUGGGUUCUUAGACAGUUGUGAUCAAGAGGAACUACAACAGUAA